GGCCAUCACGGGAAAGCAAGUAGAUCGCGGCGGGCGCUAGCAUAGUACGUGUGACUUUAGCAAAGUCUGUGUCGAUCGUUAAAGCAGCAGCUUUCAGACUAGGGAGGAUAGCGCUCUCUCUACUAGUUUCCUGAUGUAUUGUCACGCUUAAAGGACCACAACCAAUUACCUGCGUGGCUGUAGUGCCAAAAAUGAAGGCCGGGGCGAAGGCCGGGGCGAAGAAGACCAACUCAUAUGGCACCUUCAUCAUUAUAAUAUGCUUCUCUGUGGGCCUCCUUGGCGGCUAUAUUCUGCUCGGGAGCCCUCACACGGCGGAGCAUGUGGUGAAGGCCGAUGGGAGUCUGAGCUCCGCGGGCUCGGCCGGGGGCGCCGUCAGGACGUGGACCAGUCGUCGGGAGCUGUUUACGCCCAAGUCUAGCUCACAUAGCGUUUCGGGCGCUUCUGCCUCCAGCUCAUCACCAGAGCUGCCCCAGAACGUGGCUCUGGGCAACAAGCCGCCCGCCAACGGGGAUGUAUCGAAGGAGAUGGCUGCAGCGCUCAAGCAGCAGCAGUCGGAUAAGUCGGAGCAAGGAGCUGCAAAGGACGACAGCAAAACUGCGGCUGACCUGAUGAAGGCCCAGCAGAGUGACAAGUCCGAGAACAAGGCAGCGGUGUCCAACACUGAAGCGCAGGCCAAGAGCGCGGUCACCGGCGGUGCAGCAGCCUCCGCAACCACCACUACAACCGCCGCCACCACUACUGCCACGACUAACACGGCCGCGGCCGGCACAGCGACGACUGGCGCCACGGCCACUGCCGUCGCCACCGCCAAGCCCGCUAAUGGUGUGUUCCCUGACGCCAACAAGUGGCCCAUCACGCCUGUGAAGGAAAAGAUGCCCGGCAACACCGUGCACACGCUCUUCACCAGCAACGGCAGUCCCUACCAGAACAUCCAGGCGCGCAUUAUGGUGGGCACCUACAACAUCGUGCGCAAGAUGCCGGGUGGCGAGCGGCUGGUGGCUCUCACGCGCAUCCUGCACCGCACUACGCCGGACGAGGUCAUGGACGAGAUCCCUACCUUCAUUGCUCAGCCGCUGCAGCCUGACUGCGACAAGUGGUGCUGGUUCCCGGUGGCGGACCGCGCCAAUGCCAUGCAGCAAUUCAUCGACGCUGCGGAAAAGGACCCAUCCAUGCUCAAGGCGCCCUGGCUGCUGCUGCUGGAGACCGACUAUGUGUGGAUGAAGCCCCUGCCGGACCCGGGUGACGCCUACGACCGCUCCGUGCCGGGCUGGUCCUUCGGCUUCGACUACAUCGCGCCCUCCAUCCCAAUCAUUGUGAAGCUGCUCAAGGAGCGCUGCCCCGACUGCGACCCCAAGGAUGUGCCCAACUCGGGUCCCGCGCCUGUGCUGGCACGCUUCUCUGACUUCAAGGCCGCGACACCCAUCUGGGAGGAUCUUAGCAAAUGGAUUGAGACGCACGAGGAAGCUAAGAAGCAGUUGGGCUGGGUGCGUGAGAUGUAUGCGUGGGACAUUGGUGUUGCUGCCAACAAGCUCAAUAUCAAGAACCUUCCGCCGCCCAGCUCGCCGCUCAUCAGCCAGCCGCCACACGACCGUGCCAUCGGCAACGCCUCCAUGUACCACUACACAUGGGGCAGCAUCUACAAGCGGCCUGGUGUUGAGAAGGAGAUCUGGAUGUUCGACAAGCGCACGUACACCGCGUACGAGCACCAGCUCAAGCUGCCUCUCAUCCCCAUGCCGCCCGAAUGGAGCGAGGGCAUCACGCUGCAGGACGGCCUUGGCGUGACCAAGGAGCUGCAUGGCACGGUGGUAGACAUGAUCAGCCGCAUGAACGAGGCCAUCAAGCAGCUGCCCGACCUCACAGAGUCAGUCGCGAAAAAGAAGGCGGAGGAGGAGGCAAAGGCCAAGGCAGCCACCACCGCGGCUGCCGGCGCCACGACGGUAUAAAGCACGCAGACGCCGUGCAUAAUGCGAUGGAUGCAGGGGAGGUAUCCGCAGCUAUGAUUGCGAGCUGCGGGUUGCAGGAGUAUCGAAGGCGGUAGGGAAUAGGCCUGCGAGCGCAGCUGGGUGGUACUGUUGGGGUCAGGCCGUGAUCCCGACCAGGCGAGGCCUAGCGUGAGGAGGACUUUCGUGGUGAGCACUGAUGAGCAGACAGAGCAUGUAGAACAUAGCCGGGGUUUUGAGGAAUUACCGAGAGCGUGAUAACGAGGCGUGUGCAAUUAUGGUGAUCCACAUGGUCGGUGUUAGGCGUUAGGCCACAUGCAUGCAGCACAGCAAGGCUUGCAGCAAUGGCACUUGGAGGCACGUGGAGGGCACUGUAAGAUGAGUGUCUG